AUGGCAUCAAAACGAAAAGCGUCGGCCAUGAAUACGGCCGCGGCCGAAGAGCCUGUCGACCCGUCCGACGAACUCAUGUUUCUUUGUCUAGGAGGCGGUAACGAAGUCGGUCGAUCGUGCCACAUUAUUCAAUACAAGGGCAAGACAGUGAUGCUCGAUGCCGGACAACAUCCGGCAUACGAUGGUCUUGCAGCUCUUCCAUUCUACGACGACUUCGAUCUCAGCACCGUAGACGUACUUCUCAUCAGCCAUUUUCACGUCGACCAUGCUGCCUCGUUGCCAUAUGUGCUCGCCAAAACCAACUUUCGCGGUCGUGUCUUCAUGACACACCCGACAAAGGCUAUUUACAAAUGGCUCAUUCAAGACAGUGUUCGCGUUGGCAACACGUCUGCAAACUCGACGACGCAGCCUGUAUACACGGAGCAGGAUCACUUGAAUACGUUUACUCAAAUCGAAGCCAUUGAUUAUCACACCACUCAUACCAUUUCUUCCAUUCGAAUUACGCCUUACCCUGCCGGCCAUGUGUUGGGCGCAGCCAUGUUUCUGAUUGAGAUUGCCGGGCUCAACAUCUUCUUUACCGGCGAUUACUCCCGUGAGCAGGAUCGGCAUUUAGUCUCGGCAGAGGUACCCAAGGGCGUCAAAAUUGACGUUCUCAUCACAGAGUCGACAUACGGCAUUGCGUCUCACGUUCCGCGACUGGAGCGCGAGCAGGCGCUUAUGAAGUCCAUCACUGGCAUUUUAAAUAGAGGUGGUCGUGCGUUAUUGCCUGUAUUCGCUCUCGGUAGAGCACAGGAGUUGCUCCUCAUUCUGGAUGAAUAUUGGGGAAAGCACCCCGAGUUCCAGAAAUAUCCCAUCUAUUACGCCAGCCACCUGGCGAGAAAGUGGCUCUUCCGAGAACGCAUGGCCGAAGCCGAAGCAAGUGGUGGCAGUGCCGGUCAAGGGGGACCGUGGGACUUUAAGCAUAUUCGGUCUCUGAAGAAUCUAGAUCGAUUCGACGACGUCGGUGGCUGCGUGAUGCUUGCCAGUCCUGGUAUGCUUCAGAGUGGUGUCAGUAGAGAACUCUUUGAGAGAUGGGCGCCUAGCGAGAAGAACGGAGUCAUCAUUACUGGUUACAGUGUGGAGGGCACAAUGGCCAGGCAAAUCAUGCAAGAACCAGACCAAAUCCCAGCAGUCAUGUCUCGCAACCUUGCGGCCGGCCGGAGAGCAACAGGCGGAGAUUCUGAGAGAACUCUCAUCCCUCGAAGAUGCAGUGUCGCAGAGUACUCGUUUGCUGCCCACGUUGACGGCGUCGAGAACCGAGAAUUCAUUGAAGAAGUGGCCGCUCCGGUUGUUAUUCUCGUGCACGGCGAACAGCACAACAUGAUGCGUCUGAAAUCCAAACUCCUGUCCCUCAACGCCUCCAAAACCACCAAAGUAAAAGUCUACUCCCCGCGCAACUGUGAGGAACUCCGCAUCCCCUUCAAAGCCGACAAAAUGGCCAAGGUCGUUGGAAAGCUAGCCUCGAUCCCUCCACCACAAGACGUUGAUAUGGACAGCGCCUCUGCGCCCCUGAUCACGGGUGUCCUUGUGCAAAACGACUUCAAGCUCUCACUCAUGGCUCCCGAGGACCUACGAGAAUAUGCAGGCCUCAACACAACCACCAUAACCUGCAAACAACGCCUCACCCUUAGUGCCGCUGGCAUCGAGCUCAUCAAGUGGGCAUUAGAGGGCACAUUCGGCUCCGUCGAAGAAUUACCUGAGAUGCGACGCGCGCAAAACGGCAACAGCCACGCUGUAAAAAACGGGACAGAAACAAUCAAUGAAGACGACGAAGAUGAGUACAAGCCCGAGGAGGCUGCAGACGAAGAAGUCGCCGCCUUGGUAGCAGCAUACCUUGUCAUGGGCUGCGUGACAGUCAGGUAUCGCAGCAAUGGUGAAGUCGAGCUCGAGUGGGAGGGCAACAUGCUCAACGACGGCAUCGCCGACUCCGUCAUGGCAGUCCUAUUCAGCGUCGAGUCGUCACCAGCAGCCGUGAAGCGCUCCUCAAAACAACACUCCCACUCGCACGCGGCGGAACCCAUCACCAACGGGACCAAUCCCCACGCCCACCCCUCGGCAGCAGAUCGCCUCGAGCGACUCUUCUGGUUCCUGGAAGCUCAGUUCGGAGCAGACAAUGUGUCGCCCGUUGAAACACCCCGUCUCCCUGACUCUGAAGCGCAGGACGAAUCCAUGGCUGUCGACGGCGAAGCUACAGACCUGGAAGAACGCAAGAAGAAGGAGAUUGAGCGCCUACACAAGAUUGGCAUUCCUGUGCCCGGCGUGACCAUCAAGGUAGACAAGAUGCUGGCGACAGUGUGGCUCGAAGAUCUGGAGGUGGAGUGUGCGAAUAAGGUGUUUGCUGAUAGGGUGAGGGCUGUGGUUGAACGUGGUGUGGAAGUUACGGCGCCUCUGUGGGGAUAG